CGCUUGCUCCCGCCUCCAAGCCUAAACUGAUGCAAGCAAGCCACCAGUGUGUUACAUUUGCGAGCGCAGUGGACAGGCGAGGCGAUUUUCUUCAGGAAUGCUACCGUAGAGAACACACGACUUGAAUUUAUGUGUUUUGUGAAUCGUGUGGCAACCACAUCUGCUUGUCGUCCCUUCAAGAACGGUUUUCAGAAGAACUGAGAUGGACUUGCACAUCCUCGACCAUCGAUUGAGGGUGACUAGUAUUAGCAAAACAGGACUUGUUCAUUUCACUCACCCUCUAAUAAAAUUAAUUUUCUUGAGAAACAGGAGCAGAUGUAAAUUUCUGAGUCUCACCGAAACUCCAGAGAACUACACCGUUGUCCUUGACGAGGAGGGCUUCAAAGAACUGCAGCCAUCAGAACACCUGCAGGUGGAAGGCUCCACCUGGUUGACCCUCAAUGUUGUCUCAAAUGGCAACGCUUCCAGCAGCUCACAGGCGGUGGGCGUCACCAAGAUUGCCAAGUCGGUCAUUGCCCCAUUGGCCGAGCAGAACGUCUCCGUCUUCAUGCUGUCCACAUAUCAGACGGACUUCAUCCUGGUGCGAGAGAAGGACCUGUCAGUAGUGAUCCACACUCUUCAGGAGGAGUUUAACAUUUACAGAGAGGUGGGGGGAGAGUCCGUUCCUAUCCACCAACAGGACACACAGAAUGGGCUGCAGAAGAAUGGAAAAGACGUGGUGAAGGCCACUGUGCAUCCCGUGCUGAUCCCUGAGAACCAGUUCUGUGUGAUGAGUCUCGACCCAGACACACUGCCGGCCAUCGCUACCACACUCAUCGAUGUGCUCUUCUACUCCAACAGCCUGAAAGAAGAACCUCACCCAAGUGAAGACAUCCAGUGUGUCAAAUUCUUCUCAUUCUCCCUGAUAGACGGGUACAUCUCCUUGGUCAUGGACACAGAGGCACAAAGACGGUUCCCGGCUGAUCUCCUGUUCACAAGCUCUUCAGGAGAGCUGUGGAGGAUGGUGCGAAUUGGAGGCCAGCCCUUAGGCUUCGAUGAAUGUGGGAUUGUGGCCCAGAUCUCCCAGCCUCUGGCUGACAGUGACAUCUCUGCCUACUACAUAAGCACCUUCAGCUUCGACCACGCACUGGUCCCAGAGGAGGACAUUGUCACAGUAACAGACAUGCUCCUAAAGCAGAGGAAGGAUCCAGCCUGCUGACAUGCUGUAAUCUCAAGUCUUACGCUGCUCUUUUGAUGCAAUGGCAGAGGUGUGUGUGUGUGUGUGUGUGUCUGUGUGUGUGUGAACCUUUCGUGCCUAGACUAACUCUGCAGCACAAGCAGUAUUAACCACAGAUCUGUUGCAGUGACCACCAGAUGUGCUUCUUAGAUAGGGGUUGAUAAGGAUGUCUGUGUCUCCAGGAAAACUGAUGCUGACUGUCGGCGAUUCAGAAGGUGUGAAAAUGUGAUGUGAAUUUAGGUUGCUAUCAGAUAUUUCUUGUUUGUCUCAGCAGUCACUUACAUACUGUAGUUAUGUCAUAUCAAUGUUUACUUUUUUCUUUUUUUGGUCAUUUUUUGUGAGCACUAAGCAUUUCUUGCUGGAAGCACAUAAUGAUAUUGAGAACCUUGUUUUCCUCUAAAAAAUAUUUGUUUGGAAAAUUGCUGAGGAAAAAGCUCUGUUGUGAAAAUCCAGACACUGCUAUGGAGAUGUUUUAAGUUUUAAAUCAAACACAAAGUCUACAAAAACUGUAAGAGAGUUAUCGACUUGUGUGACCAUGAGUACCAGUAGUCCUCAUCAUGCCCCUCUUCCAGAGUGAUCACCUUGUAUUAUAGCUAGUUGCAAUAUUUUAGGCUAGGAGGUCUCUUAGGCAGUCAUGCAUUUGACAGUAGUCACACCACUACACAUCACAUGAUGUACAAUUUGUUAUAUUGUGUGAUUAGAUUACAUGUGGCCUUCACAUCAAACAUUAUUUUGUGUAUGUUUUCGACCACACCAGCACUAAAGCUCAGAAAGAGAAGUCAUCUUUAUUGCUACAACUUCAAUACGUUUUCAGCAAGUGGAACAUACCCUCUGGUGUCACUACAUGUGAAAACUAAUGCAAAUUCCUGUAUGACCAUGUUUAGCAAAACAUGCAUUUCAGUCUGAAUGAGUGCAAAAGCAUCACACCGCUUGAGAGGACUAAUACUCUGAAGCACUUAAUGUUGCUCUCAGCACUGUGAUGCUUUUGGGCUGUCAGGUGUUUCUCAAAAGCCCCAUGCAGUUAGUAUCUCUGUCCAGAAGUGUUCAGUGCUUCCCAUGCUGAGGAAAAUUGUGCCAAAAUGGACUGGACAUCUGAUUGUUGGUUUGCUUGAACUUAGCAUGCAGCAGCUGUAUUUUUGUCUCCCGAUACACUUGAGAGAAGAGAAACCAUUCAUAAAUCUGUUUGUUUUUGAGAUAAAGAUUCAACUUAUUUCAAGGGGAUUUACUUUUAUACGGCUAUGUUGCUGGCCCUAACACGGGCAUAAGUAUUGGUAUAGAAUAACCACAUCCUUCUUUCUUAAGGUCAACACUCAACACUAAUGUGUAUGUAUUAUGUUUUGUCUUUAUUAGUAUUAUGCAGUCUUUUGCAUUUGCACAAACUUUUCCCCCUUUAGACCUUGUUUAUCAAAGGAUACACUUAUUUUGUAGCAAUAGAGGAGUACAUAAAAUGUUUGUAAACAUGAGACUUCAAAAAAUGAAGUUGAAUUAAAGAGACUAUGAAAACAG